UUUUAAUACGGGCCGCAGAGCAGCAGCUGAGCAGUGAGAUACAGAGGAGCUGCAGAUCCAGGAGUUUCUGAAGAUCUGAAGAAUUCUGAUAUUUAUAUUCUCACAACUCAUCAUCUCAUCAUCCUCUCAGCGGUCUUUAGGAGGCGGUGAUGGAUCUGUCUGUGAAGCUGAUGACAGGAGAGUGCCGCUCGGUGCGGGUGAGCCCCGGCGCCACGGUGGGCGAGCUGAAGCACGCGGUCGCUCAGACCUUUAACGAGACUCUGUCCAGCAUACGUCUCGCCACCAACGGGCUCCAGCGCACCAUCCUGGACAACAACUCCGCCUUCCUGAGCAGCUUAGGCCUGAGCAACGGCUCCACCGUCAUGCUGCUGGUCCGAAAGUUGUUCCAGGUGUUCGUAAGAAACGAGAAGGGCCAGACGAAGACCUACGACGUGAGCGAGGAUGAGACGGUGGACGAGCUCAAGAAGAAGAUCUACAACAAGGAGAGGACCCCCACUGACCAGAUGCGCCUUGUCUGCAAUGACCAACAGCUGGACAGCGGAACGCUGAAGAACUACAACAUCCAGUCAGGGAGCAUGAUUCAGAUGUUGCUGCGUCUGCGGGGAGGCUAGCUGAGCAUGUUCACAGGGUUAAACCGGACCACACCACGUUAAAAGGGCUAAUAUCCAACAUUUUGCCUGUUAUUUUUUUUCUGUCUGGGGCGUAUUUGGGGUUUUAUUACGUUAUUUUAUUAUUUUAUUAUUUUACAAAAAUAUAAUAUAUAUUCAGUCCCAUUCAGUGGCAUUAAUUUAUUAACUUAAUGAAUGGUCAAAUACAUUAUUUUUUAUUAUUUGUGUUACUGUACCAUUAAAGAAACAAUAAAUAUAUACUAAACGACAUUGUAAACAUUUGAAAUAGCAACCAAAGUUCAAUCUCAAAACACGCCACAUAUUCCUGAAGUGCGAAGCUCACAUGGAUUGCCAAGUAGAGGACACAGAACCUACAUGAAGAACUUUUGCACUUGCAACAUACAGUAUAAUCACAUUCCUAGCUAAAAUCAGUCCAAAUUCCAGUCCUUAACAUGUUGUUGUAGCAUAACAAUACUAGUGUAAGCCAGCAGCACUAGUCUGGACCACUUUAUCUAACUCAAAUAAUACUCACUGCCUUAAAAAAAAACAUCUGCAUCCAAUGAACCAGCACUGCAACCGUAUUGUAGUCCUUCUGGGAUCUAAAUGGUCUCCAUCUAUCAAACACAUUGCCAUUAAAUACUGCUUUACUGCUUUAUUAUUAUUAUUUUUGAUGAUGUAGCAAAUAUUUCUGUUUGUUUCGCUCUCAACAGCGCCAUUUAAGUUAUUGCUGGCAAUAACAGUUCCGUAAUCCCAAUCCCAAGCUUUUCAGAAAUAGAGCGGCCAGAAAUAGUAUACAUUCCUGUUGGGUAAUUCUUACUUUUGGGUUAAAUAAUCUGGCCUUCAAUAAGUGUCUAUUAUUUUAUUGUUUGUGUUGUGUAAUAUUAUGUACCUUAGCUUAGCAUAGCAUCGCUGCACAGUACAUACCUGGAAUGUCUUCCACUGCUUUUAGCAUUAAUGUUUUGUUUCCUAUAAACAUUUAAAUGUAUAUACUAUUAGAAUGUAUUGCUUCUAUGUGCAGUUCGGUUUCUGUUCGCUUUAAAACAUACUGUGAAAAUCUGUAAUUGAUGUUUCUUCAUAACUUACUUUCAUUCAAUAAAUUAUAUCUUUCUUUAAA